AUGCCCAUGACGUCAUCGGGCCGACCCGGAAGCGAGGCGAGCGCGGAGCGCGGGGGGGGAAAGGCGGUGUGGGCGGGGCCGCGGCGCGCGCGGCGCUUCCGGGAACGGCAGGUGGACACGGCGAGUCCCCGUCACGGCGGCGAGCUGGUGGCCGAGGUGCUGCGGGCGCACGGCGUGCGCUUCCUCUUCACGCUGCCCGGGGGACACAUCUCGCCCGUGCUGGUGGCCUGCGAGAAGAUCGGCAUCCGCGUGGUGGACACGCGCCACGAGGCCACCGCCGUCUUCGCCGCCGACGCCGUCUCGCGCGUCUCGGGCCGCAUCGGCGUGGCCGCGGUGACGGCGGGUCCCGGUGUCACCAACGCGGUGACGGCCGUCAAGAACGCGCAGAUGGCCGAGUCCCCGCUGCUGCUGCUGGGCGGCGCCGCCGCCUCCCUGCAGAAGGGCCGCGGGGCUCUCCAGGACAUCCCGCAGGUUCCACUGUUCCCAAAUCCCCUUUGCCAUUCCGAAAUUCCCAAAUCCCUGAAUUCCCAAAUUCCCAAAUUACCCUGCGCCAUCGCCACCGCCAUGGAGGGCACGCCCGGGCCCGUGUUCGUGGAGCUGCCCAUCGAUGUCCUCUACCCCUUCCACGUGGUGCAGAAGGAGCUCGGGGGCUCCAAAACCCCGCGGGGGCUGCGGGGGAAACUCGUCCAGUGGUACCUGCGGAAUUACCUGGCCGAUCUCUUUGCGGGGCCUGGGAGCCCAAAACACCACCCUGAAAAUAGCAUCCCCAGGGCCACCCCGCAGCAGGUCCAGCAGUGCUCGGAGCUGUUAAGCCGGGCUCAGCGGCCGCUGCUGCUCGUGGGCAGUCAGGCCCUGCUGCCCCCAACGCCGGCUGAGGAGCUGCGCUCGGCCCUGCAGUCCCUGGGGGUCCCCUGCUACCUGGGGGGGGCGGCGCGGGGGCUGCUGCCCCCCGAGUGUCCCCUGGGGCUGCGGCAGAACCGGCGGGACGCGCUGCGCGACGCUGCCGACCUGGUGCUGCUGGCAGGCACCGUCUGCGAUUUCCGUCUGUCCUACGGGCGCCUCUUCGGCCGCGGCGCCGCCGUGGUGGCCGUGAACCGCGACCGCGAGCAGCUGCUGAGGAAUUCGGACGUUUUCUGGAAACCGCGGCUGGCCGUGCAGGGUGACCCCGCGUCCCUGCUGGUGGCGCUGUCCCGGAGCCUCCCGGGCUUCUCGUGCCCGCGGCCGUGGCUGCAGCGGCUGCGGGAGGCGGAGGCGGAAAAGGAGCGGCUGAACCGGGCCAAGGCCGCGGUGCCCCCCCCGUGCCACCUGAACCCCCUGAUGCUGCUGCAGGCCCUGGAGCGGCUCCUGCCCCCCCAGAGCCUCCUGGUGGCCGACGGCGGCGACUUCGUGGGGACGGCGGCGUACACGGUGCGGCCCCGGCAGCCCCGGGGGUGGAUGGACCCGGGUCCCUUUGGCACUCUGGGCGUGGGCGGAGGAUUCGCGCUCGGGGCCAAACUCUGCCGGCCGGAGGCUGAGGUGUGGGUCCUGUUCGGGGACGGCUCCCUGGGCUUCAGCCUGAUGGAGUUCGACACCUUCGUGCGCCACAAGGUCACUGUCACCGUGUCUGUGUCAUUGUCGCGCGGCUGGACCCAGAUCAGCCGCGAGCAGCUCCCCCUGCUGGGCAGCGCCGUGGGCUGCGGCCUGGCCUACAGCGAUUACCACGGUGGUUCGGGGACAAAUGGAGGGGACAGCAUUGGGGACAGCGCAGGGGACACGGAGGCCAGGGUGGUGGCCGUGCUGAGGGCGGCGCAGGCCGAGUGUCACCGCGGCCACCCCGUCCUCGUCAACGCCCUCCUGGGGCCCAGCGACUUCCGCCAGGGCUCCGUGUCCGUCUGAGGGACACCGGGGGUCACCGGGGACACCAGAGUGUCACCAAAUGUCACCGAGGGUCACCAAAUGUCACCAGAGGGU